CCAUCAAACUAUAUUAUAUAAUAACAGAAAGUGGAAAACUGAAGGUGAGUUGUCAUACUCGAAAUAGCAAAAGCUCCUCCAAGCCAACGAAAAGUUUUCAGUAAUGCAACAACAACCACUUACCUUUCCCAUGCAAACCCUAAUUUUCGCAUCCUCUCUCAUUUGUCUCUCUUUCAUCCUCCCUCUAAGCCAAUCUCCACCGCACAAUCUGUAACUCCCACCUUUCUCCUAUGGAGGGGCCACGGCUUCCUCCUUCCGCCACCUUCCAUGAAUCCGACGAUGACAAACCCGACGAUCCUCCUCCAACCUGGCACCGUCCAACCUCAAGUCUCUCCGCAUUGCCAUCUCAAGAUCCUCCAUCACACCAUUGGCGUAAUCAUUCUCUUAAUCUCUCCCCAAUCCUGGACACACCUUCCCGGUCUCUUCCUCCUCAGGAUUCAAUCCCUGAGCUAGAGACUUACGUUGUCCAGGUACCAAGAGAUCAAAUCUAUUGGACUCCUCCUCCGGAACACGCAAAGUACGUCGAGAAACUCCGUAAUAACCCGGACAGAAACAAAAAGAAUGGGUGUUCUAAACGUCUUAUGUGGUUCUUUAUAAUCUUGGUCGCUUUUGGAUUCAUCCUCGGUGCCAUCACUCUCAUCCUUCAUUUCAUUUUCAAGCCCGCUCUUCCAAUUUUCGCGGUUGAGAGAUUAAAUGUAAAACCAAGUAGUUUCGAGGUCACGUUGAGAGCUGAGAAUCCCACGUCCAACAUGGGGGUAAGCUAUGUAAUGAAACCAAACGGUGUCGUUUCGUUAACGUACAAGAACAAGAGACUAGGACGCGGGAAAUUCCCAAAGAUGUUCCAGGCCGCGUCUGGAUCCGACAAGGUCAAUGUAAAGCUCGAUGGAUCGACCAAGAACGCGGUUAUGCCACCUCGGGGAUCAAAACAAGCGGUGAGUUUGGUGCUGAAGAUGGAGCUAAAGGCGGAUUAUGAAGCAGGACCGGUGAAGAAGAACAAGGAAGUUGUGGUGACUUGUGAUGUUAAGGUUAAGGGGUUAUUAGAUGCCAAGAAGGUGGAGAUUGUGUCGGAGAAUUGUGAGAGUGAGUUUAAGGACUGACACUCUCUCUUAUAUAUAUUUUUCUUCCUUAUACAUAUAACGUGAUUAUGUCGUUAGAUCUACAGUGUGCUUAAAUAAUUUAUUACUUUCGAUGUAAUGCUCAAUUGUUCAAUUUUUGUUUCUUCCCCAAAUAUCUUUGUUUUUUAGUCAAUAUUAUUGAGCGACAAAAAAGAAACUGAGAACAAGAAAGACACAACGGACAGAGCAUCUUUUUGAAGAUUGUGGUGAUUAUGGAUAAACAAAACAAACAAACAUUAAACAAAAUUAUUAAUCGGGACUUCUAGCUAUGGUGGUAAAAGGCUCACGGAUGUGAGUUUCGUCACCCGGAUUCGAAUCUCGACCACUGGAGAAUUCACAUGCAGAAUCCGAAAACCUUUCACGGUGACCCACAUGGUGAUCAGCUCGCUGGUCCUUAGUCGAUUUGGUCUUUAAUCUGGAUCACCUUGGUGAAGCCAAGACUCGGUUAUCAAAAGAAAAACAAGAUUAUUAUAACGAUUUGAAAGCCUAAGUUACAACAAAUAUUAUUAUAACGAAUUCUCUAGGCAAACUGGGCCUUCUCUAGUUUUCUCGAUGGCCGCGAACAUUGUUUUGAGGCAAUACUUUGGUCAGUAUUGCUAAAUCUAUGCAUUCUUCCGCCUACAACUUUUGAGCCCCUGCUUCUUCCGCCUGCAACUUUUGGGUGGAGAGAUCCUCUUUCUUUAGAGGUUUUCAAAGUAGAUUACAUCUUUUUGUUGCAUCGAUCAAGUUUGACCGGUGAAAUACACUUGUGGGUGAAUAAGCAGCAGUGGAGCAUGAUGAUGGCCGCUGUUAUACCUGAAGCGAUAGUAAGCUGGUGAUAGCUGGUAGUCAAUUUGAAAUGGCUGGUUGUCACUUUGAAACCAAGUCUGUUACUAUCUACGUUGCUGGGGAGAAUGAGGAGUUUCAAAAAGCUGAAUACCGUUGUGGGACAAAUAGUAUAAUCGAUGGUUGCUACUAUGUUCCAAGUUUGCUAAAGGUUCCUGGCUUUUCCGGGUGAGGAGGAGGAGGAGGUUAUCUUUUAGUGUUUAAGUUUUUUUUGAUGUGUUAAUGUGUUAUUGUCUAGCUUUUGGAUCUACAUGAACAUGGUGGAAUCGUGUUGUUUAUAUUCGUUAUAAUCUUUUUUAAUAAUGCUAUCAUGUUUUGUAUUUUUCUGGGGUUUCUUCAACUUGUUACCUUUAACAUCUUUUAAGAUU